AUGCGUGGACGUUGGCUGCUUCUAGCGGCACUCGUCUCGUGUCUUGCCUGGGCCAAGGAUCCGGCUGGAUAUGAAUCAGAAGUAAUCGCAAAAGUUUUCUCCACUUGGAACGAUGGACCAAUUCAAAUUCAAGAUCACUGGCAAAAGACAGUCGAAGAAAACCCAAAGAAUUCGAUUUUCAAUCAAGAUUUUCAACACGAUGAAUUUGCGAUAGAGAAUCAUGCUCGAUCAAAACGAUCCAGUUUCAUUGAAGCAGUUGCUCCAAAUGUCCGUGCUCCGCUUUUGUCAACGCGGUUUUGCAAUAUCCCAGGGUACACUGGAGAGUUCUGUCAAUAUCCAAUCUGUAUCGAGACAAAUCCGCGAGUCAUUGAUCAACCUGAUGUCUUUGGAGAGGGAGUGAUUGUCGAUGCAGCUUAUAUGGGAGACAAUUGCACUCUUCAAUACAUCACAGUUAUUGAUGAUUCACUCACAAAUGUCAUUAUCACUCUCUCUGCUGACACCGAUAUCUAUCCAGGCUUUGAUCUAGUUGAUGCAAAUGGCAAACACUACUUCUUCGAUAUCACAGUCCAACGUGGACCUGGAAUUCUCAGUGGAUUGUACUCAAACCUUGCCCCACAAACCUACUAUCUCACCGCGACACCCGAUGUCCCAAACGCUCCAUGCCGACUCGAGAUCAAAGGAACAACCCGACUCACAGUCGAAGCUGGCUUCAUCACUGGAGAAGGCUGGGCAACUGAACGCUCGGAUUAUCCGGCUCUCCGUGCUGCGUAUCAAUACACUUUGAACACAGUUGUUGCUCACGGCUUUAACCUCCGCUCACCCGGUCAAUUAGCUGUUGUGACAAUGAUCGGUGGAUCGAAUGCAGUGUCCAGACCGCAAGCAAUGCGCACAAGAUAUGGAUGCGGAUACGAGUACUACUUUGAAAGUUUCUUUUGCACCGAUCUUGGCGACUAUUUGUGGAUGAUUGAAGGAGUGACAUGGACGGGAUAUCCGUUCAGACGAGUGGGAAUCUUCAGCUGUUUGUAUAAUACAAAUCGACCAACGCCAGCCCCAACGGGGACCACUCCAGUGCCAACUUCUCCAGCGAACUGUUCGAAUGGUGGAUGGCUUGUUCAGAACCCGGACGGCUCAGCUUUCUGCGUGUGCCAAGGGUUGUGGCAAGGAGCAACUUGUAAUCAACUUGUUUGCAUGAAUGGUGGAUAUGACACUGGAGGUACUCGUUGUACCUGCUUGGCCGGUUUCCAGGGAAUUCAUUGUGAGGACGUUGUUUGCGUUGAUCGUGGCCGUGAUCAAUUCUACGUCGACGAGCCAAAUCUCGUCUUUGUCGUCCGUGUUCGCCAACAAAUGCAAGACGUUUUGGAUCAAGUGAUGAGCGCUGUGACCAACAUUGUCAAUGCAAUCCAAAUCUACGACGCGAACUAUGUGAAGAAGUUUGGCGUCGUCUUCUACAAUAACGGAAAACAACUCUUCUCGGCCAGCUACUCCUCUUUCGGAGCAUUCCAAUUGGGUUGGACGAGAUGGGCCACCGAUGUGACAGAUCAAAGCGGAAAUUGUACGGACAAUGAGUUCACUUUCUUAGCCGCUGCCUUGCAGAGUCUUCCCGUUUCACCGAGAUCAAAGGUCUAUGUGAUCACCGAUUCGAUGCCGCAAGACUAUGGAGAUGUACUUGACACUGUUUUCCAACUUGACUCCUAUUUCCGAGUUCCAAUCUAUUUCCUCUACGUUGAAGCAUCUCCCGGACAGGGUUGUGUACCCGAUGUUCACGAUCCCGGUUUCCGCGCAAUGGACGAUAUCACUCAACGAACGGAGGGUCUCGCUUUCUAUGUCACAAAUCGAACAUCAGUCAAUCAGCUCCUCUACAACCAUCUCUAUUACACUUUCUAUCGUACUCAAUUGAUUCUAUUGAAUGAUCUCGAUGUGUGCACUUUCCAACCAGCCUACCAGACGCUUUCAAUCGACUCGAAACUCGAUCAAUUGGUGGUUGUUGGAAGAGGAAAUCAACUCGACUUCCAAAUCACCUCAGACACGGGAAUUGCGAACCCAAUAAAAAAAUACUCUGGCAACGACAUCACUAUCUGGUCAGCAGCCGGUAUUGUAGCUGGAAACUAUCGUGUGAGCUUCCCAAGUGCUCCAUCGUCAAGUUGUUCAUAUCGAAUCUAUCAACAAGCAUUCACAGUAACUGGAAGUUCUUAUCAAUUCGAACUCUUCUGGAAGCUCACUGAGUUACUCAACUCCGAUGGAUACUAUCAACAGCCAGUUGCUGGUGUUCCAUUGGCGAUCGGUGUGCAUUUGAAUCAAUUCCCAGCGAACAUCCCACCCCAGUAUGUGCAAGCCGAGUUCCUCAUCACUGCACAAAGAGGCCAACAACAAGUCGACAUUUACUCAUCGAAUGGAAUCUGGCGAGAUGGAUGUGACUACAAUUUCUACUUCCCGCCAUUCACUUGCCGAAAUGAGGGAGAGCUUCUGCGCUUCCAGUUCUUCGCCCGUGAUGGACUUGGGUUCCCGAUUCAAAGAGCUGGCAACAUGUACUGCACCGGCUAUCAUCCAACUCAAUCACCACCUGGUGGCUGUCAGAAUGGUGGAGUGAUCAAUCCAGCUGAUAACAGCACUUGCUUCUGUCCACCUGGCUAUGAGGGAACUCUAUGCGAGAAGUUGAUCUGCUGGAAUGGUGGAACCCCGUUGAGCUUUGGCUUCUGCCAGUGUCCGCCUGGCUUCUUGGGAACUCACUGUGAAACAAUCUCUUGCAUUGAGGAAGGCCCAGCUCCUCAGAUCUUCACUCGUUACGUCGACAUGGUGUUUGCUGUAGAGAUGACUACAACAGCAUAUGCUCAGAUGACUUUCCUCAACAAAAUGUUCCCAGAGAUCCUCAGAGACGUCGUCUCUCAUCACGAGGAAUGGAUCAGAAACUUUGUUCUCAUUGGUUACAACUCGACAUGGGGAGGAACUCUUGCUACCGCAUCGUCUCUUGAUCCAACUAGUGUCCUCAUCGCUCUCAACAAUACCGUCUCCAACUACAACGGUCUCGACAAAACGACGGACGCUUGCAAUGCCACCGUGCAAGUGUGGCAUGCAAUGGCGCAAGCUGUCAUUCAAAGAAGGAUUCGACCCGGAUCUUACAUCAAUCUCUUCUUGGCCAGCAAACCGGAUGAGUCAAAUUUGCAAGAGAUCAUCACCAUGUACAACGAUGUUCGACAGAUGAAGAUCCUUGUUACAGCGAAUAUUGCUUACACGAGUAGUGGAACGUAUGUGUGCAACAAUACUUGGAACAACUAUGCAUUGGUUCACGACUUGUGUCGUUACUCUAAUGGAGAGUCGUACAACAUGCAACAGCCAUACGUUGAAGGAUUCGUCCGCACGAUCCCGAUGAAAUUCAUGCAAGGAGUGCUUGCGCAUCGCCGAUAUGAUGACUGCACUGGCACAGUGUAUGUCUCAGUUCCAGUUGAUGCCUAUGCCCAAUCGCUUCUCAUCGCCGUUAACGGAUACAAAGCCACUGUUCAACUCUUCAAUGGAUACAAUAAACUCCAACAAGCACCCAACUUCCGAUCAAUCACCAACGCCAAUGAUCCGAUUUCGGGAUGGAGUUUCUUCACUCAACGAGCUUCUUGUGACCCUGACUGGGAUCCGCUCGGUGACUAUUGUGUCAAGUUCUCACUUACUCCAAACGAUUAUGAUAGCGCUGUGGCGAUUUGUCAUAAUGGAGGCGGAAUGCUGGUCGACGAUUUAACCCAGGAUAAACAUGAUUUCCUCAUCAGAGAAGGAGCGACCUCUUCUUUCUGGUUCGGUCUCAACAAUCGCAACAACACCGGCUGGCAAUGGGAUCGAGAAGAUGGACGACCGCCUGUGCCUUAUGAUUCGACUGGAACAAACUUCUGGCCAGGAGGCACUGUGCCAAAUGAUCCAACCAAGCUCUGCGCCUAUUUCGACUCAUCUAAAUCGACUGAGAAUUGGUUUGCCGAGUCUUGCAAUGUUCAGAAAUACUUCGUUUGUCAGAGACAUAUCUAUGACUGGAACUAUAUGCCGAAUAGGAUCGAUGAUGAUGACAUGCCUGCUGGAAAGUACUACCUUGCGAUCACCACUCAAUUGCCACCCACCGACGGUUCGACCAGUCUCGGGAAAGGAUGCUUUGCUGAAGUCCGUGUCCAAUCACACCUCCAGAUCUACGGUGGCUUCACUGAAGACACUCACAACGAUUAUCCAAACAUGGACCCUGUGGCAAAAUCGACUCAAAACCGUUUGAUCACUUUCGUCGACUCGGCCGCCUCAUUCCAACAGAGAACCCCAAUUUUGACUCACGGUCUCAUCUUCAACGCACACAACGAAACCAUGUGGGAUGCAGUCACUUAUCAGCCUCGCGCUCUUUGCUCUCUCGAUUGGAUCUCCCAACCGUUCUACUGCCCCGACAGUGACAACAGUGACAAUCUCUUCUCGAUUUAUCACCUUGGCGAGGAUGAGUAUGGACACACUUUCCAGAGAAUCGUCAACGCUCACUGCCAGAAUCCGUCUGUCACUUGCGGUAAUGGCGGCCUCCGUUACAAUGGAACUUGUGUGUGCACAGAGUACUGGCAGGGAAGCACUUGCUCGAUCCCGAUUUGCGUGAACGGUGGAGUCUUGGAUCGAACGAACACGCGUUGCUUGUGCCCAGAUGGAUUUGUUGGAUCAGCUUGUGAAUAUCAGGCUUGCACGAACCCACAGAACUUCACUUUCGACACUUCUGGCGCCUCGUUGACCAUCGUUUUAGAGGUCACUCAAAACAAUAGAAACAAUGCAAACGGCUUCCUGGCCGGUCUUCGAGAUGUCAUUGAUAAACUUCCAUCUGAUUGGUUCUCCAACUAUCUCCUUGUCACUUUCAACUCCGGCGGAGUCGUCUCGAACAAAGACUAUUCAACGACAGCCACUCUAUUGACUGAUAUCACCUCUCAAAUCAACAAUGGAAAUGAUGGAGGAUCUUGCAAUAUGCCACUUUUCGGAGCUGUCAGUGCCGCUCUCACGAAUCAGGCUCUGCGUUUGGCUGGUCAUCUCAUUGUCGUCUCGUCAUCGGUUCCAAGUGACUCGGCCAGUCGGCAAGGAACGAUUCAGUUGAUCAAUGGGGCUACGCCAAAGAUCCACAACUUCUACUCGAACUCGUCCGGUUGCUUGAAUAAUGCUGAGAUUCCGAACACCGAUGACGCUCUCCACUUCCAACGAUUCGCCUAUGCGACAGAUGGAAAUAAUUUCUUCACGAAUUCGGAUCAAAUUCAGAAGGCUAUUACCGCCUAUCUGCCGACAAUCGGUGGAUUGACAAAUACUCUUGCUCAUCCAACCUAUUUCAAUAAUUUCACUUGUGAAACUCCUGAGGAUUGGUGGAUCCAAGUUGACAACAAUUCCACUGAUAUCUAUAUUACUGUCUCCAAUGAUGUCGCUUCGAUUGUGGUGAUGGAUCCACGUGGAAGCCAAAUCUCGGCCGAUGUUCUCUACAGUUACGCCAGCCAGAAAUACUAUCACCUUGAAAAGAAUGAAGCCGGAAUCUAUCUCUUCAGAGCUGUUGGACCCGGUCCAUGCUAUGUGAACAUCCAAGCGACUGGUGGAGUGCAAGCGUGGAAUGGUUUCGCAUUGACAAGCGCUGCUGAUCCUACCGGAUCACACACUGAUGACACAAAUCUUUUUGCGACUGCUGGUGUUCCAAACAUUGCCGUCUUCCACGUUUUCAACGGAAAUCAAGAUCCGCGAAGAUUGGCUGGAGUACUCACCUAUAUGGUCAUGUGGGAUCCAAACACUUUAACGUCUGUUUACGGAGAGCUGUAUCCUCGCGCCAAUUGCCACUUCGAGUACUACUCGGAUCCAUUCAACUGCACGGCUUACGAAGGCUUCUACAUGACAAUUCACGGCUACGAUGAGUUGGGCAUGACGUUCGUGAGACAAAUCGCCGCUUGGUGCUUGCCAGCUGUUACCCCGACUGGAUCGAUCCCAACUGGCCCCACAACAACGACCACAACAACGACCACCACAACGACCACCACCACAACGACCACCACAACGCCUUACACCGGAUCACCUCUUCCAUCAACCACUGCCAUGCCCACAACAACAUCGGACUCAUUGGCGGGAAGAAAUGUGGACAUCGUUCUCCUCCUUGACACCUCAUCCACCGCUCAGCCGUAUUUCGAUGAUUACAUCCAAUUCGUGAAAACGUUCUUCACGGCGUUCACGGUGAGCCAAGCGAGAACGAGGAUUGGAAUUGUGACCGUUCCCGGAGAUGACUUUGCAACGUUCCCCGUUAAUCAACUUGGAGCAAUUGAUAAUACGGCUGCACUCUUCAAAACUCUUGACGACAUCAAGAACUACUACACCGAUUUCGAUGAUCAAGGCCAAUAUGCUGGAGCAGCUCUUGAUGUUGUCCGUCAAGAGUAUAUGACACUGGGGAAUGGUUAUCGAACACAGAUCAACAACCAUUGGAUCAUCUAUUUGACAUCGGCGGCCAGCAUUACCGACUUGAAUGUCGCCAUCACUAAUGCGAACUUCUUGAAGUCUGGCAAGUACUACUCGAUUGCUGGAAUCGCUUAUGGAACUGGAGUUAUGGACAGAGCGACGCUUGCGCAAAUCACCGGCGGCACAUCGUGCUCGUUCUCCACCGAUAACCAAAACAGCUUGAUGACCACAAUCGCCCGAAAUAUUCAACAACAAAUUUUUGACAAUGAUGGCACUUAUUGCAUGGCAUCGCCG